GGUGGCCUUAAAGAGCUCUGUCUCACUCUCUUAAUCUAUAUAAAUUAGCGAGGAUUUGACACGUGCUGUGGGACCAUUUCCUAACACAUGUUAAACAACAGCAGUUUUCAGACUCGCGUGGUUGUCGUGACACGGCUUCACUGUGAGUUUCCUUGUAGCUGCUGUAAAGUGAACCGCACUGUAGCUUCACCUGGAAGUGAUCACACUGACCGGAACAACAAGAUGGCGAGGACUGUGGUGUUUCGGGAGUAAGUUCUGUAACACAGACGGGUGAAGCAGCCGUGUGUCCCCACAUCCACCAUGAAUCUCCAGCAGCCAGCCCCUCUCAUCCCCCCUGUCCACCCUGAUGUGCAGAUGAAGCCUCUUCCCUUCUACGAUGUGCUGGAUGUUCUGAUCAAACCUUCAAGUCUAGGAGCGAGUACAGCACAGAGGUACCACCAGGAAAAAUAUUUUAUCUUUGCGUUGACGCCACAACAAGUUAGAGAAGUGUGCAUCUCCCGAGACUUUCUACCAGGUGGGAGGAGAGACUAUAUGGUUCAGAUUCAGCUGAGGUUUUGUUUAUCAGAGACGAGCUGCCCUCAGGAGGACAAUUACCCCAACAGUCUUUGCAUAAAGGUCAAUGGAAAACUGUUUCCUUUGCCAGGCUACGCACCGCCACCAAAAAAUGGCGUGGAACAGAAGAGACCAGGAAGACCACUCAACAUUACCUCCCUUGUUAGACUCUCAUCUGCAGUACCCAAUCAGAUUUCAGUGACAUGGGCACCUGAAAUUGGAAAGACCUAUUCCAUGUCUGUGUACUUGGUGAGGCAGCUGACGUCUCCCCUGCUCCUGCAAAGACUGAGGAUGAAGGGCAUCAGGAACCCAGACCACUCCAGAGCACUGAUCAAAGAGAAGCUGACAGCAGAUCCAGACAGUGAGAUUGCUACAACAAGCCUUCGAGUGUCUCUUAUGUGCCCGCUGGGUAAGAUGCGACUGACAGUGCCAUGCAGGGCUGUGACGUGCUCCCAUUUGCAGUGUUUUGAUGCUGCCCUCUACCUGCAGAUGAAUGAGAAGAAACCCACCUGGAUCUGUCCUGUGUGUGACAAGAAGGCUGCAUAUGAGAGCCUCAUCAUUGAUGGUUUGUUCUUGGAGAUCCUGAAUGACUGCUCGGACGUGGAUGAAAUCAAGUUCCAGGAGGAUGGGACGUGGUGCCCAAUGAGACCAAAGAAAGAAGCUGUAAAGAUCCCCACUCAGUCCGUUCCAAAGGUGGACACCUCUGCUCCUUUGCGUCAACCAUCGGUGGCCCCUCAUUCUACUGAGCCCAGCUACACCAAGAGGGCGGAUGUGAUUGAUCUGACUAUAGAAAGCUCUUCUUCUGAUGAUGAAGAGGACAAAGACCCUCCACCCAAGAAACGCUGCGUUUACAUUUCCAAGAAUGAGGAGAUGCAUGCAAAGGGAGUGUUGAGCUACCAGCCCACUGUGCGAGUGCCAAACGUCCAGGCCCUGGACCCGUCAUAUCUGAACUCCACACUGGCUGACUAUGCAGUCCCCUUCCAUCCUUCUGCCUUGGCCUCCAUCCCCACAGAUAUGCAGAGUCUGGAUCUGUUUUCCUUAAUUCAAACUGAUCCACAGCAUUACCCGCCUCAGAUGUUCUUGGAUAACCUGACGAGCAGCAUGCAAAAUGCAGCUGCAGCAACCAGCAGCGCAGCCUUGGUUUCCUCAUCCAGCAGCCACUAUGACGCCAUCAGCCAUGCUGCGAGCUCCUUCCAUGACACUAGGGUCCUCACAGGAGGGGGGGGUGGCACGGGAGGAGGGGCUGACGGCGGCACAUCGGAUAUCAUUUCACUCGAUUGAGCCACGCCAUACUGGACCUGAUGGAGCCUGGUUUUGUUUUUAAUGUGAAAUAUUGUAAAUGUUCAGUUUUCCACACGAGCACUCUGAUGAUGGCAGAGCCCUGUUUUUAACAAUGCUAGCAUUAGCAUGAUAAAUGCCAUGGACCACAUUAACUGAAGAUAUGAGAGUUAAUCAUGUCACGUCAUGUUUGCUGUUCAUGGUCAGGUCCUUUAAUAACAUGCAUACAGAUGUACAUAAAACAAAAAUGUCAUUUUUUGUUUUAGUCGAUUGUCUGAACUUUGUUUUCUACACGGUGACACGGACAGUCUUGUGUCCAUACAUGGUUAUAUUUUCAAAGGAAAACCUUCAGCCUGAGCUCUGUGAACGUCGUCCUGUCACACCAGGACUGGAAACAUUUACAACACCGAGCUGUUGUAGCGAUUUGUUUCCUUUCAUGUAAAUUGGAACUGUGUGCCUCGUCAGUGUGGAGUGGACUGAGAGUGGACCCACUGCUCUGGGCUGGACUAAGAAGACGCUGUCACAGUGAGUGGGUGUUUCCCCACACAGACAGUGGACUGAGCUGUUUCCAGCUCUGGUGGUGUCUGUGGACGUUGUUACAGGGUGGAUUUCAUCUCAUACCAACACAAACUGUGUGUUCUAUUAUACAGUAAAUGAAUCAGAGCAAUAAGAAUUUAACAGGUUUCAGUUACACAGAGUUGUAAUUAAAGGUUCCAGCUGCCUGCAACUCAAACUUCACUGUAAUUUAAUGAACUGCUUUGUGUUUGUAAAGGAAUCAGUGACGUGCUCUCAGAGUGAGGUGUUCAGGUGGAUGUUAAUCUCAGGGCUACAUGUGAUGUAUACACCUUCACUAUGUUCACAGUGACGUCCUGACAUUCUUCACAUACUCUGUCUGUGUUUCCCGUUUAAUAGUUUCCAUAGUUGAACACACAGAAGACAUGUCGCCUUGUCACAGCAGGCAAAGCAUCGAUGUAAUCAAAGCUCACGUCUGUGCCUGUUCUAAUGCUGCUGUGUUGCUGCCUCAUUAACAUUAGUCCAUGUCACAGACGUGCAGUUAUUAUUGGUGUCAUCAUCACGUACGGCCGGCUGUUGAAUCCACACCCUCAGCCAUGCUUCUGUUUGUCCGUCAGUCCCGCCCACAUCAUGAGUCAUUUAAAUGUGAAAACAAACAGUGAUGAUGUCAUCAUUCUCACAAACUAAAUCCAGACUUUGAGCCGUUCCCGUGUUUUUAGUGUGUUAACACGUAUGAACAGUUCAGAGGAUGUGAUGUGUCAAUGAAAUGUUUAUGUGUUGGUGUAAAACUUCAGGUGCAGACAUUUCCUGUUUGAGUCCACUCAUUGAACCUGCAGUGCGCGCGCACACACACACACACACACACACACACACACUGUCUCCCAGCCACAGAGCAGCGACGGUCCCAUCACAACAUUAAUCUGCUUUCUGUUCAUUUCCACACCCAGCCAGUCUCAGGGAGUCUCUCAGCUUUCUGAAGUGGCUGCAUCUUCAAUUCAAAGAUAGCCACAUGAAAUUGUUAAAAUUAAAAAGACAAAAAUAGAGGGACGCAGAAUAUUUUUAGGUCACUUUGUACUUUUUCAAUUCAGAAACUGAAUAUUGUGCUAAUAAAUGUUGGUGUGGACACAUUAA